CAGAAAUAUCAUUUCCCUCCUCCUCUCUCCCUUGCUCCUUCCCCUCCUCCAUAUCAAAACCUUAUCAGGAGCAUCUACACUGUUUGAGUCAUGGCUUCAUCUUCUUUAGUCCUCCCAUCAAUCUCUAUCAAAACCCUAGUUUUAUCCAAAACGGGAAGAAACACUUGUUUGUCUUUACCAUCUUCAACUCUUUGUCUUUCUUCUUCUCUCAAAACCAAACCCAUUUCGAUUUCUUCUUCAUUUCCAUCUAAUAAAGGGUGUUCAUCUUCUCGUUUUGUCACAAGGGUUGCUGCUGAAUUUGACCAAGCUUCUUCUGGUCGAGAUGAAACUAAUUUCUCUCCUGAUUUGAAGAUUUUUGUGGGUAAUCUUCCUUUUAGUGUAGAAAGUGCUGAUCUUGCUGAAUUGUUCGAACAAGCUGGUACUGUUGAGAUGGUUGAGGUGAUAUAUGAUAAAAUUAGUGGAAGAAGCAGAGGAUUUGGGUUUGUGACUAUGUCAUCCACCGAUGAAGUUAAGGCUGCAGUGGAGCAAUUCAAUGGCUAUGAAAUCGAUGGGAGGCAAUUGAGGGUGAACUCUGGUCCUCCUCCACCAAAGGAUGAUUAUUCCUCGAGGCCACCCCGAAUUGGUGGUGGUGGUGGUGGCGGUGGUGGCGGUUUCGAUUCUUCCAACAGGUGUUAUGUUGGCAACCUUUCAUGGGGUGUCGAUGAUUUAGCACUUGAAACCUUGUUCAAUGAGCAAGGAAAAGUUUUGGAAGCCAAAGUGGUUUAUGAUAGGGAGACUGGUAGAUCAAGGGGUUUUGGAUUUGUCACUUACGGCUCUGCUGAAGAGGUCCAGAGUGCAAUUGAUUCUCUAGAUGGCGCUGAUUUGAAUGGUAGAUCAAUCCGAGUGAGCGUGGCAGAAGCAAGGCAAAGGCGCCAAUUUUGAGUGUUGCAGCUUAGUCUUAAAUUUGUAGGUUUUACAGUAAUAUUUACUCUAUUUGUUCUGCACUUAGAUUUUUACUCUUGUUACUUGGCACUACUUGUGAGUGAUCUCUAAGGUUUAUGAAUCCCAACCGACUAAUUGUGCUCAAAACAGAUACUCGAGAGUCGCUGGUGCUAUGUGAAUCUGCUUUACGACGAGACGUAGUAUAAGGCUUCCUCUGAUCACUGUUUUUAAGUAUACCUAUGAACUGUGAACAAACUAAUAUAUCUUGAAAGGGUAACAUGAACUGCAUGUUUAUAAU